AUAUAUAGUAUCAAUUAUAAAUUAAUAAUAAGAAAAAAUAUGUAGAUAAACACAGAAUAAAUACAUGGAAUUGUCUUUUCUUUUUUCAACAUGUGAUUUUUUUAUUUUUUGAGAUCUUUUUUUAUAAUAUUAAUUUGUAAUCAGUUAAAUAAUAAAUUAUAUGAUUAUUCACUAAAGAUAUCAUCGAGUUUAAUUUUUUUUAUUAAAAAUAAUAACUCAACCUAAAAUCAUGAAGAACAUGAUAACUAAGUAAAUUCAUUUCUCAAAUAAUAUAUAGAUAGAUAAAUCAAAAUACUUAAAAGUAUUUGGAAAUAUACGGAAAUUGUAUGGCAAUGUUUUAUUAACUAUUUUUAAACAUGGAUAUACAAUAUUAUGAUAUUACUAAUAUUUUAAAUAUAGAUUAUUUAUAGCAAUAAGUGCAUGCAUCUUAAUGUAUAUACAUGUAUUAAAUAAUGAGUACUUAUAUUUUUCAAUAAUUUGACUAUGAUUCUUUAAUAAUUUCUAUUAAUUAACUUCUAAUAUUUGUUACUAUACGAUGUGUAUGUACAAUUGGAAAAAACAAUCUCUAAAUUUAAUAUAUUUAUACUAUUUUAAAAUUUAAAAGAUACAGUUACUAUAAAUUAUUUAAAAUUUUUGGCUAUAAAAACCGGAUAUAUAGACUAUUCAUGUUGUGAGUAAUAAAAAAUAAUCAUUAUCAAUUUUAUAUUGCUAAAACGUUUAAUUCCGGAUGACAUCAUCGAAACUUUACUUUGUUGCUCUUUUAAUUAUCCUUUCAGCUCUUGUUAGUAGUGUUCAAUCCAUUCGAAUUAUGGAUGCUUCGUCGGAUUGUGAUUUCAGAGGACCUUGUAAGAAGAAAGAAGAUUGUUAUGCUAGAUGUGAAGUGGACAGACCACCUUUUAAUAAUGCUACAUGUGUACACAAAGGAAGCAGUCGCCAAUGUUGUUGUAUUUUAUCGUGAGUUUUUGAAGAUUUUCUUAUAUUUAAUUAAUGUUAAAAUAAAAUUUCUAAUAAAAAUAUAUUAAGUUAUCCCCUAAA